AUGCGUGACACCCAUUCCGUGGCUGAACGACGGAUCCAGCCUUUUCCACCCGUGGGAGAUUUCUCCACGGACGGAGCGACCCGCGGUAGCUGCUUUGAAGAACGCCGUUCCCACCGCGAGUUUGCAGCAGGACACGCCCACCGCCUUCCAGCCGAACCUCGUGGCUCCGGUACCCACCGUCCCGCUAGCCCCUGCCGCCCCGUCCCCUCUCCCCGCGGCCCCUGGCACCCCACCUGCCCCCACUACCCCCCCUCCACCCCGAUCCGCGCCAUCCCGCCGCUCCCUGCUGUCCCGGCUACCGCGGUAUCGGCCCCCGGUUCCACCGGAGUCCCCGCGGUCCCCCUCCUCGCUUCUGCCCCAGCGAGCCCGCCCACCGCCGUCCCUGCGCCUCUAUCAGCCUCCCUAAGUCCCGCCGAGCCGGCCGCUUGCCCCUACCCACCCACGACUCUGCCAGCUGCUGUCAUCCCACCUCCCCUGGCCGCGGCCGCGACCACCACGUGUCCCCCUCAGCGCCGCGCCGCUUCCCCUCCCCCGGCACCCCCUGUGCACGUGCCCGCGGCUCCCUUUGUGUCCCCCGGGGCUCUAGCGCGAUUCCCCAGCCCCGCCGUUCCGGCGGCGCUCCCUUGUCCCGGCGCUGCUGCGCGGGACCUCGUAGAAGCUGCGCUAAACACCGCAGCCCCGGCUGCGGCCAGUGCCGCGGUGCUCCGCCCGCCGCCCGCCCCGGUGCUCGCCGCGGCUGUUCCCGUGUUGGAAACGGCGCCCUCCCCCCUUCCCGCUGCCGCUCCGGCCCGACCCCACAGUCCCGCCGCCCCGGAGGCUCCGCUCAUGCCCACACAGACCCCGAUGUUUGCGGCCGCCGCGCCCAGAGCCGUGCCUCCCUCCGCGCCCGCGGCGGCAGCCCAGCCUCCCGCCCCCGGUUCCCCCGGAGCGCCUCCGUUGUUCGCCGCGCCGCCGCUGCUCGCCGUCCCGGGCCGGGCCGUGCCGGCUCCGCCGCAGCCCUCUGCGUCCGAGCUGCUGCGUGGAGUCGCCCCGCCGCUUCUUGCCACCGCCGAUGCCCCGUUCCCGCCCGCGGCCGCGCUGCCCUCUGCGCCCCCAGUCCCGGCUGCGGCGCUGAUGGACACAGACACGCAAGCCCUGCCUAGCACGUGGGCCAUUGUCCCGCAUCACGCGGAACCGCUGGGGUGGCCCGCGCAUGCGCAGUUGCCGCUUCCCCGGAACCAGCACGCCCCGCCUCCGCCCCCCGCAGCCUUUGCCGCGGCUCUGACACAGCCUCCCGGUCCCGACCCGCCGCCUGCCACGGUGCAGCCCCAGCCGGCAUCCCUGUGCCCGCCGCCCCCAUGCCAGGCUGCACGGCCGGCGCCGCCGCCAGAGCCGAUAUUCGCAAUUCCAGAACUGUAUCCAUCCGCGCCGCCAGCCCAGCCAGUUACUGCUCCGACAGCCCCAGCUGCAGCCUCUCCGCAAAUAAUCCCUCCCGCAGCCCUGCCCACCAUGCCACCACCAAGGCACCAGCCCACGGCUCCCACGCAUCUGCAGCCCCCAAACAUCCCUCCGCCGCCACCCGCCGAGUCCACACACAACACCGCUACAGCCGAUUCCUGCACCGCCUUGGAUGCAUCCUUCUGCGCCACCCUCUCUGCCAUAUGCCGCCGUCCCGGGCACAGCCACAUCUUUCAGAGACCCAUCACCAGCGCACGACCCUGCCCAGCUAACAGCUGA